AUGAGUUCCACGGCGUCCCUUAAUUUCCCCCAGGGAAUGCUGGCUGGCCAGACGGCGAUAAUAACAGGCGCAGCUCAAGGUAUUGGGGCCGAGACAGCCGCGAUUCUAGCACGCGAGGGCUGCAAGAUUGUGAUCGCGGAUUUAGAUGCUGCAAGGGCCAAAACAACUCUCGAGGCAAUCAAUUUGAAUGGUGGCUCUGCCAUUGUCGUGGCAGGGGAUAUCACGAAUAACGACUACAUCAAUGAACUGGUCCGCCAAACUGUGCAGUUUAGCGGUGGAAAGAUCCAUAUUAUUAUCAACAAUGCGGGAUAUGCAUGGGACGACCCAAUUGAAAAGAUUCAGGACAAGCAGUGGGAGACGGUCAUUAAUAUUCACAGUACCGCACCAUUCAAGCUCAUCCGGGCAGCAGCACCGUACUUUAUGGUCAAGGAUGGCGAACCUAGAUCAAUUGUGAAUGUCUCCUCUACCUCUGGCAUUUAUGGCAAUCCCGGGCAAGCUAGCUAUGCUCUGGGCAAAGCAGGGUUAGUCGGCCUAACGAAAACGAUCGCCCAGGAAUGGGGCCCGGAGUAUGGUGUGAGAGUCAAUAGUAGGAUCCCAUUAUAUUGA